AUAGAUUGUGUGGCAUAGAUUGAGAUAGCCUUUCUUAGAUCUGCAUUCUCUGUGAAAAAUCACCACACAUACCUGCAUACAUUCACAGAGGAGAGGUAGCUUGAAAACCUAGAAGAGAGAAAUGGCGAACAUGAUCAUGGCUUCCUCCAAAGCCCCAAUCACAUCCACCCCUUCCACCUGUUCCUCCACAAGAAUCAAGGUCCUCCCCAAAUUAGCCUUGCCCAGUAUCCCAAAACCCCACCAACUCCUCUCCCUGACCGCUUCUUCCCUCAAGUCCAUUUCUGUAAUUCUUGCAGCCACCUCCUUCUCACUUUCACAGGCACCUCCCUCCUUGGCUGAAGAAUUCGAAAAGGCGGCGCUUUUCGACUUCGAUUUGACACUCCCUAUUAUUGCGGCUGAAUUCUUGUUCCUCAUGUUUGCUUUGGACAAGAUUUAUUACAGCCCUCUGGGGAAAUUUAUGGAUGAAAGGGAUGCAGCUAUAAGGGAGAAGCUGAGCAGCGUAAAGGACACUUCUGCAGAGGUGAAACAGUUGGAAGAUCAGGCUACGGCUGUGAUGAAGGCUGCUAGGGCAGAGAUAUCGGCUGCGUUGAACAAGAUGAAGAAGGAGACUCAGCUUGAGGUGGAGCAGAAGAUAGCUGAGGGGAGGAAGAAAGUGGAGGCUGAGUUGCAAGAGGCUUUAGCUAAUUUGGAUAAGCAGAAGGAGGAUACUAUUAAGGCUCUCGACUCGCAGAUUGCUGCUCUUAGUGAGGAUAUUGUCAAGAAGGUCCUCCCUGUUUCUUGAAGUUCUUGAUCAUGCGAUUGUAACUUGUCCAUUUGUAUUAUCUUAAGGUCUUACUUACUGUAUCAAAUACUCAAAAUGUUGCCUAUUUUAUUUUUAAUAGUUUUGUAAUUAAUAUGGAAUUUAAUAUUUGUCAAUUCAUAAGAAUCUUGUAAAGCUC